UGAUAACUUUCGAAUCCGUAUGAGUCACUGUUUUCUAUUGGUUUAAUAGACGAUAGUUGACUCUUUAUUGCCUGUUGGAUUUAAGAAGUGAUACUGGUAAACAAGCAAGGCUGGGAGAAACUCAAGAACCAUGGGGGACUCCAAUCAAUCAUCAGCAGACAAAAUGUCACCGGGCUCUGACGAAGUGUCAACCAAUCACCAAUCUGAAGAGUAUGAUGAACCAACUAUUGAAUCUGAUGUUGAAGAAGAAUCCAGAGCGGAUGCUGAUGAAGGAGAGACUGAAGAAUUAGUCAUCUUGGAUCCAUCUGCAUCGGAGGUGGAUUUGAAUCAUCGUCGAAUUGCAAAGAUUGAGAACUUGGAGGCACUGACCUGUGUUGAGACACUGUGUCUUCGAUGGAACCUCAUCAAAAAAAUUGAGAAUCUUCACACGCUUACGAUGCUAAAAGAACUGGAGCUUUACGACAACCAAAUAACUGUGAUUGAGAACCUCUCUAUGCUAGUUAAUCUUGAGGUCUUGGACAUCUCCUUCAAUAGAAUAAGGAAAAUUGAAAACUUGGAAGGCCUCACAAACCUAAAAAAGCUUUUCCUGUGUGCCAACAAAAUUUCCCGCAUUGAGAACGUCAACCACUUGAAGAGCCUGGAACUUCUCGAACUGGGAGAUAAUAAGAUAAGGGUAAUUGAAAACUUAGAUGGUAUGACAAAUCUGAAGAGUCUGUUCCUUGGAAAAAACAAAAUCACAAGACUUCAGAACUUGGAUUCUCUCAUUCAUCUGGAAAUUCUUGGUGUACAGGUAAGUGCAAAAUCAGGCCUUUCUUGUGAUUGA